AUACAUAGUUUUGUUGCCACUGAUUUCUGUGUCUCCGGAUUAUUCUUACUUUCUCCGGUGAGUUAACUGAAUAAUUUGCCAAACAAUCUGACUUAACCGUGGAAGUCGGUGCGCUCGUGGGUAACAUCUCCGUGGAGUCGUGCUAUACCUCGUGAAUUUGAAAUUAAGAAAAAUAACAAAAUCAUUUGUGUUAUUUUGAUUGAAUAUUUCGGUUUUUGGUAUUAGUAUAUACUAAAUGUAGUGACAAUCUCAUGAAAUUCUGAGAAACUACAUUAAUAUUUGCCAUAAUGGGUUUUAUUCUUAGAUUUCCUCUACUGUUAUUAUUGACUCUGCUGCCUAAAUUAAUCGGAUGUCAAUCGAUUUUGAAAGUUCACGAAUAUAAUUUAACCCAAUAUACACGAACUUUACCCGAAGAUUUAAAACCUAUAGUUCAAAAAGCGUUAGCUACCGAAAGACAAGCCAUAUUAAAUGAAAAAUUGUCUAUUUCAUUUUGCCAAAAAGAAGAAACUGUAUCAUGUCCUCCUAUGAAAUUUAGGAAACCUUCUGGUGAAUGCAACAAUGUUAGACAUCCCAAAUGGGGAAAUAGGGGACAAACAUUUUUGAGACUCAUCCCUCCGAGUUAUGCCGAUAAUAAAUCCAAACCCAAGCAAAGCGUCACAUCACAUUCACUUCCCAGUCCGAUAGAAAUAGCUUCAACGUUGCAAAAUAAUCCAGCAGUGCAGCACGAAUCGGUUACGGCCCUUUUGGGAGCUUGGACGGAGCUACUACUUCACGAUUUGGCAAGUACAGGUAACUUGAAAAGUCAAGAUUGCUGCAGUGACAAUUAUAAAAAACACGGAGAAUGUUAUGGAAAACUCGGUAACGGACAAUGUAGAGAAUAUAUGCGAACUUUACCAGCAAUCGAUAUGGAUAGUUGUGAAUUCGAUUAUCGCGAGCAAAUGAAUUUGGCAACUUCCUUCUUGGAUGCAUCUGCUAUUUACGGAAAUACAGAUCGACAAGUUGAAAAUCUUCGCACCUACGACGCGGGUCUCGUCAACGUAUCAGCUUGUUCGGCUUGCAGAUCGAACGCCCUGUAUUCGGCAAUUUUAAAAGAACAUAAUAGGGUUGCCGUUAAUUUAGCUCAAAUGAACAAACAUUGGAACGACGAAGUUAUAUUUUAUGAAAGUCGGAGAAUUGUUAUAGCCGAAUUGCAGCAUAUCACCUAUAAUGAAUAUCUUCCAAUUGUUCUAGGCGAGGAAUCGAUCGUUCAUACUGAAUUAGAAUUGAAAACCCACGGAAGAUUUUCCAAAUAUUCGAGUAAUGAAAAAGUAGGAGUUUUUAAUGAAAUAGCAGUUUCAGUACUACCAGUACUUUUAUCGAUGUUACCGGGUAGUAUCAUGAAUGAAACGACAGAAACUUUCGCCGAAAUGAUCGAUUUACUAAUAGGUACACCAGCUCAAACGCCUAGUAUUCACAUAAUGGUACCGGUUCGUAAAGAUUGGGACACCGCUUCCUUAUUCAUUCACAUGGGUAGAGAUCACGGUAUAUCUUCUUAUACCAAAUACUUGAAGUACUGUUCUAAUUCGACAAACAAAAAAUCUUUUACAUUCGAUGAUCUUAAGCAAUAUGGAAUAAAGGACGAAUACGUUAAAGCUUUAAAAAAUAUUUAUAGUACUACAGACGAUAUCGAUUUGUUAGUUGGCGGAUUGUUAGAAAAACCAAUUCCGGGUACCGUAGUUGGUUCUACGUUUAACUGUUUAUUAAAACGUCAAUUUCAACUUCUCAAAGAAACCGAUAGAUUUUGGUACGAGAAUGAUCUACCACCUAGUUCUCUAACGACUAAUCAACUUAAAGAAAUUAAAAAGAUAACAGUAGCCGGUUUAUUGUGCGCAAAUACCGACGAUAUGGAAAAAAUACAACCAAAAGCUUUCGUUCAAGAAGACAUAUAUUUAAACGCCAGAAUAUCCUGUGAGCAACAUCCUCUACCUCAAUUAACCGAAUGGAUCGAAAUGGAUCACAUGUCUGAUUUUUCAGAAGAUUUGUUAAUGGAAGCUUUACAAAAAGCCGAAAAAGAUGUUACGGAAAGAAGAAAAAUGGAAUAUAAAGUUUGGAACGAAGUUGGUGGAUUGAAUCCUAAAUCUCCACUAGGAGUAGCGGCGGCUUUUAGCAAAGCGAAUAAAGGCGCUUUACAAUUAGCCAAUACGUCCCUGCUGUUCGAAUACGCUUCGAACGAAAUAUUGAAUACUUUAGUACAUAGAAGAAGAAAACGACAAUUGUUCGACAACAACGCCGUAGCGGAUAUAUUUAGAGACGAACUUAGCGAUGCCCUACAACAAGUAGAUCUCGGAACUUUGAUUCCUCCCGAAACGUUCGAAGUAGAUUUGAAAUGCGACGAUAACGGUCCGUGUAAUCCGAACUCACCUUUCAGAACUUACACGGGACAUUGUAAUAAUCUCAGAAAUCCGAGUUGGGGUAAAAGUUUAACUACUUUUAAUCGAUUAUUACCUAGCGUUUACGAUGACGGAAUAUCUAAACCUAGAUCGAUUGGAGUAACGGGAGUUCCUUUACCGAAUCCGAGAGUAAUUUCUAGAGUUAUACAUCCCGAUAUUAGUAACCUCCACGGUAGAUACACAUUAAUGACGAUGCAAUUUGCUCAAAUUUUAGAUCACGAUCUUACUAUGACUCCGAUUCAUAAAGGUUUUGCCGAAUCUAUACCGGAUUGUAGAUCGUGCGAUAGUAAAAGAACCGUUCAUCCGGAAUGUAAUCCAUUCCCGAUACCACCCGGCGAUCAUUACUAUCCUGAAGUAAACAUCACGUCCGGAGAAAGAAUGUGCUUCCCUUCUAUGAGAUCUUUACCCGGUCAACAAAAACUCGGACCCAGAGAACAAGUUAAUCAAAAUACAGCUUUUUUGGACGCCUCCGAGGUAUACGGAGAAAAUCAUUGCGUUAUAACUACACUUAAAGGAUCGUUUGGAAAAAUGAACGUCACCCUUCAUCCUGUUCGCGGCAAAGAAUUACUACCUCAGAGCGACAAUCAUCCCGAAUGUAAAUCAGCGUCCGGUCAAUGUUUUAUAGCAGGUGACGGUCGAGCGUCAGAGCAACCGGCGUUAACGGCAUUACAUACGAUUUUUAUGCGUGAGCACAAUAGAUUAUCGGAUAUUUUGAGACAGAUCAAUCCGCAUUGGAACGAAGAAAAAAUAUUCGAACAUUCCAGAAGAAUCGUCGUAGCGCAACAUCAACAUAUAACUUACAACGAAUUUUUACCGAGGAUUUUAGGAUGGAGCGCGAUGAAUCUCUUCGGAUUAAAACUCCUUCCUCACGGUUAUUAUAAGGAAUAUAAUCCUAAUUGUAAUCCUUCUAUUUUUAACGAAUUCGCCACCGCAGCUUUUAGAGUAGGACAUUCACUACUAAGACCGCAUAUUCCACGCAUGAGUCCUUCGUACCAAAUUAUUAAUCCGCCAAUUUUGCUCAGAGACGGUUUUUUCAAAGUCGAUAUUAUGAUGAGAGAAGGUAUGGUCGAUGAAAUAAUCCGAGGUUUAGUAUCCACUCCGAUGGAAACGCUAGAUCAGUUUAUAUCGGGAGAAAUAACCAAUCAUUUAUUCGAAGAUAGGAAAAUUCCAUUUUCCGGCGUCGAUCUCAUUUCCCUUAAUAUUCAAAGGGCGAGAGAUCACGGGAUUCCCUCUUAUAAUAAUUACAGAGCGUUGUGUAAUUUGAAAAGAGCCACAAACUUUGAAGAUUUAGCUAGAGAAAUUCCACCCGAAAUAAUUUCCAGAUUUAAAAGAAUUUACGCUACCGUCGACGAUAUUGAUUUAUUCCCAGGUGGUAUGAGCGAAAGACCACUACAAGGAGGUCUAAUUGGACCCACCUUCGGCUGCAUAAUUGCUCUACAAUUUAGACAAUUAAGAAAAUGCGACAGAUUUUGGUACGAAAACGAAAAUCCAGCAGUAAGAUUCACCGAGAAUCAAUUAGCCGAAUUAAGGAAAAUAACUUUGGCAAAAAUACUUUGCGAUAACAUGGACGUUCAGGGUGAUAUGCAGAGGGCGGCAUUCGAUCUUCCUUCGAAUUUCCUUAACCCGAGAGUACCUUGCCAUUCGUUACCUUCCAUAAAUUUGAACGCUUGGAAAGAAACGCCUCGAGGAGAAGGUUGUAUCAUAGGAGAUAAACAAGUUAAUGUCGGACAAUCCGCUUUUCCCACUCCGUGUACCAGUUGCAUUUGUACGGCGGAAGGUGGAAAUUGCGCUUCUUUAAGGGUAACAGAUUGUCGACAACUUUUACGUGAAUGGUCCAAAGAAGCGAUCCUUCGAGACGAAGUGUGUACAGCUCAAUGCGGAUUCUUAUUAGGAGAAAAUAGUUUCCACGCAAAUUUGAAUCAAUCCCCCAUUAGAAAUGUCAGAUCUGGAAGGUCCCAAUUCAAAAAUGACAAUGCCGAUAAUUUAGGAGGAUUCAAAUUUCCCGAUCUCGCUCCCUUCUUAGCGAAAUGAAGAGAACAAUAAAUGAAAAAAUCUUAAAUUGACUGACUUAUUUAUAAUUGUCGUAAAUGUGAAAAACUUUUUAUUAUAAUAUUGUUUGGAAACGGUUAAAACUAAAGAGAGAAUAUUUUAAUUAGCGAAUUUCUCAUAAUUCAACUAUACGAGUACAUUCGAACAUUGAGAGGCUAUUCUAAACAAAAUAAGUUUUCCAAAUUUGAAUUUUUGAUAUUGUCCGUAUCCGGGAUAAAACUCGAAUUAUGUUUACUAGCAAACAUUGUACUAGAUUCAAAAAAAUAUCUUUAUUUUUAUAUUGCAACUAAAAAUAGGUUUUUAUUUAUACUUUACAUACACCAUGCUUUAAACAAAAAUUUUAAAUUAUAGUGCCUUGAAAAAGUCUUUCAAAAUCGAAUAUUUUCUAAUGAAGAUGUAAUUUGUUAUAAAUAUUAUUACAUUUUAUUCAAUUUUUUGAUAAAACCGUUUUAAAACACGUUUGAAUUAUGAUUUAGAAAUUAUUUUUUAUUGAAAUUAUCAAGUUUUUUGCAAUAGAAAUAGAUUUUCAAAAUUCUGAUGUAAUAAAUAAAUGAUUUAGUAGAGGUAAUUUAUGAACAUCCUAUAUAGAUAUAAUAAAACAUGUAAAAAUGUAUAAA